AUGAGAAGUAAGUCUGCAGAUAAAGAAAAAUCAACUGCUAAGUCACCGCAAAUGUCGCUUAAUUUCACACUCAUUAGAGAAAUCAAUAGAUUGGCUGUAUCAUUGGUGAGGAAAUUUGAAAAUACUAGAGUUGGAGAUGCUUCUUCCAAUAAGGCUUCGAAGGAUGGCUCGACUCUUCUAAGAACCACAACUACGGUUCCUAAGAAUGAGUUGCAAAAGGAUUCUUCAGUAGUUACCCCAUUAGCAGAAGCUGAAAGUGCUUUUGAUGGAUGUAGAAGUCAAAAGACAUCACCCAUUAUAUCCUCCCCAUUUAGCUGGAGAACCGAAGAAAGAGCUUCAAGUAGAAAGAAGAAACUUGAAAAGGAGUUUAGGGAUAGUGAAGCACAGAAAAUGCGGCUGCAUACAAAAUUCAAGGAGAAAGCAGAGAUAAAUAUUCGGAAAUUACGUCAGAGCUUUUGCUUCAAAGCAAGGUCAGCACCUGAUUUUUACAAGGAUAGAGAAGCAUCGAGGAGAGGGACCAAAAAGGAUCCUGAAUCACCCAAACAGGGAAGAAGACCUUUGAGUAUAGUACAUUGUAAUAGACCUUUCCAGGGAAAGAAUUGUGGCACCUGCACAAAGCCUCUCAAUUCAAAUUCCUACAUGAUUACUACUCAUGACAAUACAUCUCCAAAUAUUCAGCAUGGGCACCAGAAUGAUAGAAACUACAAAUAG